CUCCCACUCACUUGCUCACAAGAACUUCUCUUCCCACUUUCUCUCUCUAAAGAAUAUAUAAAACAACAACAAAACUCAUCCAUUUUUUUCCCUCUCUAAAAAAACUAAGCGCGACUAAUCUCACGCGCCGACGAUGGGUUUUCCCGUAGGGUACCCGGAGCUCCUGGUUCCGAAAAUGUUCCUCCACGCGCUUUCCUUCCUCGCGUGGCUCCGCUCCCUCGUUUUCGCCCUCUUCCGCCUCCUCCGCAUCUCCGACCUCCUCGACACUGAACCUUCCCCCUCCGACCUCCCUCCGCCGGCUCCGCCGCGCGAGCCGACGCUAUCCGCACUUCUCAUCCGAGAGUUUCUCCCCGUGGCCGCCUUCCGCGACCUCGCCAGCGCCUCCGGAGUAGAUCCUCCUCCGUCGGGAUGCGCCGUGUGCCUGAGCGAGUUUUCCGAAGAAGAGGAAAUCCGGUGCAUGGCGAACUGCAAGCACAUUUUCCACUGCGCGUGCGUGGACCGUUGGAUCGAUCACGAUCAGAAGACGUGUCCGCUGUGCAGAAGUACGUUGGUGCCACAUCAGAAGCUCGAAGAAUACAACCAGCGACUAUGGGCGGCUUCUGGAGUUUCGCAGUUUUAUUACCAAGACGAUUACACGGCUUCCCUCUGAAUUUUUCUUUUUCUUUUUCCACUUAUAUAAUUAUAUAUAUCUUUUUUUAUUAUGGUGGGGGGACUUGACAGCUAGUGUAGCCAAAUGUAUAUAGCUAAUUAAAACAAAAAUAUUGUAUCAAUCAAAAAGUGAGAUUUUUUUUUGGAUUCGUAUA